UUGCUUAGCUCUCACAGCCAUUUCCGGAAUUUGUGUGAAAUAAAUUUGGGUUACUGGUUCAAUCGUGGAUAAUUAUGUCCACAAAGAUACUCAGAGGCCUGGAGCACCUCUGCUAUGAAGUCAGGCUGGGAACUGGGGCUGUUCAUCCUGGAGAAGUCUCCGGGGAGAACUCAGAGACCUUCCAGUACCUCAAGUUGCUGAAAGCGUGUUUCUGCUGGAGUUGGUUUGCGGUGUCACUUCGAAGACUGUUCUGCUGUAUUCGCAGUUACCUGGCCCAUAGCCACCUUUGGUCAUACCCUAAUGUCAGCCUUUACAUGAUGGCAGAACCACUUCAGCAUAAUGAAGUUGCAGAUGCAGAUUUAAGCAACAGGGUCACAGGAAGUUCUAUGGAAGACAAAACUGGUAGAGAGAACUGCAUAGCUGCAGCUGAUAAAGAAAAUACUGUGUCACAUUCUAAUUGGAUUAAUGGGAAGCCAAAGAAAUUGCAAUGUUCCUCUAAGAGUGCUUUUUCUAUUUGCUAUGAUAAGAGUUUCUUGAGUUUGUUAGUACCACCUCCUAAAGGGGGCACUUGCCAUCGUUGUGGUCUGUUUGGAAAGCUCAGAUGUUCACAGUGUCUGCAAACAUACUAUUGCUCUGUAGAUUGUCAGAAAAAAGAUUGGCCAGCACAUAGAGUAGUUUGUGAUCCCAUUAAACAGAAUUUAAAUAAUAGCAAAACCAAGACGGGAGUUUAUCUUAAGGAGGAAGUGAGGUUGAGUUUUGCUGUAGAUGUUGUUCUUCCAGAUUCUGAAGACUGCCAAAAUAAAAUUCCCUUAGAAAUGAAGUCUCAUUUAACUUCAGGAAUAGAUGGCAAAGGAGACUCUUCAAGAGUAUCAGAAAACCAUUCCAAGGGAAGUGAAAAAAAAAUACCUGAAGAUGAAGACUUUACUCACUGUACUAAUUCAGUUGCCAAGUUUGUCUCUUUAAGUAUCGGAGAUGAAUUUUCUGGUGUGGUUUCGCACAUUCAAAAUCCAGACACCUUUUUUUGUCAGCGGAUGCAAAGUGCCUGUCAGCUUGCUGAGCUUGAAGCUUCUCUUAAUGAAUACUGUGACAAAUUUCCCAGUAGUCCAUCUUUCCGUCCUGCUGCUGGCAAUGUGUGCUGUGCCCAGUUCACAGAAGACAACCUUUGGUAUCGUGCUGCUGUUACAGCUUAUGUUUCUGAAGACACUGUUUUGGUGGACUAUAUGGAUUAUGGUAAUUCUGACUCUCUUCCACUGACCAGACUUCGUCCUAUAAUUCCAAGAUUAAUGGACUUGCCAGCCCAAGCCAUAAGAUGUAGCCUGGCAGGUGUAAAGCCACCAUUAGGAACAUGGACCUCAGAAGGUAUUUCUUGCAUGAAAAAACUGGUGAAAGACAAAGUGUUGACAGUAAAAGUAGUGGAUAAAAAGAAUUCUAGAACUGUGGUGCAGCUUACAGAUGCAUCAGGUACUCCAGCAGUAAAUAUAUCAAGCCGUCUCCUCGAGGAAGGCUUUGCAGCUGAGGAGCUGAGCAUGGCCUUACCAGCAGCCAGAGGGAGUGAUGUUGAGCAGGCCAGUGAGGACACAACGAACAAAAGAAUGUGCAAGUGGAUUAAAUUAACUCUUAACCAAACACUCAGUGUCAUAGUAUGUACAGUGUACAAUCCUGGAGAAUUCUACUGUCAGAUUUCAAACAGCCAUGAGUUACUUGCUCUGAACUCACUUAACAAAUCAUUGUCUGAACACUGUCAGAAAACACCACCAGAUGUUUUUGAGCCUAAGAAUGGAGACCCUUGCUGUGCUUUUUACUCUGAGGAUGGUAACUGGUACCGUGCUGUGGUGCAAAAUGUUACUUCAGAUGGAAUUGUUCGAGUGAGCUUUGUGGACUAUGGAAAUACUGAGGAAGUACCACUGGAUAAUAUCAGACAGAUCUCCUCCUCAUUCCUAAAACUUCCAUUUCAAGCAAUUAAAUGCUGGCUCUCAGGUAUAAAGCCUGGAAAUAGCAAAUGGAGUCCAGAAGCUACAAAAAGAUUUCAUAUGUAUGCUUCAGGCUUAGAGCUUCAAGCCACAGUAACUUCCCUUUCUGAAGAUGGGGCAGGUGUGGUGCUUACUGACAAUUCCACAGAUUGUCCAAAAAUGAUCAAUGAGAUACUAACUUCAGAAAAACUGGUUGUAAAGGUUGUAAAGGAAGUUCUACAAGAUAACAAUAACUUUCCAAAGUCUGUUGACCAAAAAGCAACCUCACUUGGGCACUGGAAGUCAAUUGAAUUGGCUGUAGAUGAAACCAUGUCUGUCUGGGUAACAGAAGUUGUAAGCCCAGACUUGUUCUAUGCUGUACCAGUUCCAAAUAAGGGUCAAAAGCAGCUCCUGAAGGAGCUGAUUUCACUGGAAGACUAUUGUAGAUCUUGUAACAAACAGGCCUUCCAACCAAAGCUGGGUGAAGCCUGUUGUGCUCAGUUCUCAGGUAAUGGCAAUUGGUACAGAGCUAUUGUUCUGGAAGCUUCCCAGUCUUCAGUGAAAGUACUCUAUGGAGACUAUGGCAGCACAGAAACUUUACCCCUUUCAAAGGUGCUGCCAAUCACGGAUUCCUAUUUAAAGCUGCCUUUUCAGACAAUUACAUGUUCACUUGCAGGAAUAGAGAAAGCUGAGUGGUCUCCAUUAGUGCUUGACACUUUGAAAAAACUAUUAUUGAAGCAACACGUCACAAUUACAGUGAAAGGGAUUAAUGGAAAUGUUAAUUUAGUAACAGUGGAGAAACACUUUGAUAAUGGUUAUGUAAAUGUAGCUGACAAACUGCUGAAGGAGGGUUUGGUCACAUCCUGCAGUGCUGAAAACUCUCAUGAUGAACAUCAAGGUAAUGGAGGUGAGACCAAAUGCUGCUGCAUGGAAUUAAAAGUGCAAGUAAGAUUCACUCCAAGCAAUGCAUUCUUUUUUAUGUUUCCAGAAUUCAAAAGAAACCCUGGCUUGAAAAGCAUAAACAAGUCCUACUCUUCCUUUUAAACAAGUUUGGGAAUCCAGAUGGAUUCACUGAUAUGAAAAAUCUGCUGGAGCACUAAGUCUCUGACAUGCACCAUUUCAUUUGCAUGUCCACCAAGUUGCUGCAGUUCCUUUUUUUGAAGAUCAAGAGCAUCAAUGAGGGUCACUUCAUAGAAACUGUGCUGUUUAAGUUCCUGCAUUUAUCUGUAUGCUUGCAUUGUUACUGUGACCCAAGCAUGUAACUUAGAGGAUUGCAAAGCUGCAAGCUAAAAUUUCUGUUCUGUUCUCAUUUUAUACCACCAUGUGCUACUAAACUUUUUGCUUGUAUUUUCUUGUUGAAUGCACAGAAGUUUAUGGAAUGGCCAUUACAUUGUGAGUCUGUUCUGCAGACUUGCAUUUGAAAUUAUUGCAAUUGUAAGGCUCACUUAACUUUGGUACCAUUUAUAUUACUUGGGAAACUACCUUUUUUGUUUAUUCAUCUUUCAAUCUAAUUUCUGGUCUAAAGUUAGACUGAGAUUUGUUCUUCAUAAACUUGAUUUGAGUACCAUUAAAAGUUGAAUGUUGUCUUGGACUGCAUACAGGUAGUUCUCUAAAAUCAGCAAAUACUUUAUUGUGCACAGUUCUUUCUUUACACUUAUGCUGUAUAAUAUGCAUCUGUGAAUGUUAUUUUGAAGUGAAUUGUAUUGAAGCUGUUUUGUGUGUAGCUACAUCAUCAGGAUCUCUACCCCAUGAAGUUUUUUCAUCAUCAUAAAAAAGACCCAUUCUAGGCUAUGACAAAAAUACUGCAUCAAAUUAUUAAAGAGUUUUUCAGUAUUUCUUCAGUUGAAUACCUAGUUGUCAUUUCUGAGUAAUUCAGGAAUGUCAAAUUAUUCUUUGUAGAACACAGUAGCCAUUUGCUGAUUGAAAGUGCAGGGUCAGCCUUUUUGUCCACUUAAAGCACACACUUCAAGUUUGGGCUUUUGCAGAUUGGGAGAACCUGGAGAUUAAAAUCGUUACAAAAUA